AUCACAUGGCAUUAAUGACAGGCAAUAGGAACAGAAGUGGAGUCAACCCGCAAUAACUAAACCAGUGACGGAACCCGCAUUGCAUCACAGAAUCAAUUCCUGGCCAGUGCACGCGCCCCAGGCUCUGCCAGCUUAAUUACUCCUUUACCUAUCAGCGCGUGCAGUGCACACUAAUCCGAAGCUUUUAGGUGAUGCAUUAAUACCGACAAGUAUGUUUUAAUGGAAGCGCUUGGCUUUUUUGAAGUUUAGCUUCCAGUGUGAGGCGAAUUCAAAGACGAGCGAGAGGCAUCAGCAACAGGGCACUGCCAAUUCACCGGCGAGGACAAUUACACAGAAAGUAUCUCCAUCGUCUAGACGAACAAUUGGGACCGAACAGCAGUGACGUCAUUACUCGAUACUGAUUGCGUUGCUUUAAUUGUGUGGGGAUUUCUUACAUUUUUUGCGUCAUUAAAUGGAGCGGCGUAGGUGACGUUUGGACUGUUGCGUUCAAGAGGAGCUCUUACCAAGACUAAAAGCCGGCGCGGAAAAAUAUGUAUGGACGCUAUACACAGGAGUUGGGGGCCUAUGCCAAAGAAGAGGCAGCUCGUCUACGUGAGGAUGGAGCACUGCGGAGGACCACCAGUGUGCGCGGCCAGGCUCCAGAACUGCUGGAGUAUGAGAAGGACCCAUGUGCCAAGUGUCAAGUCUGUACUUCACGGUGUCAGAAGUUCUUGAUUUCCCGUGUGGGUGAAGACUGGAUCUUUCUCAUCCUCCUGGGGCUUCUCAUGGCAUUGGUCAGCUGGGCCAUGGACUACACUAUUGCCUUCUGCCAGCAAGCACAGAAGUGGAUGUAUGGUGGUCUGCACAGUAACAUGUUGCUGCAGUACGUGGCCUGGGUCACUUACCCAGUGGUUCUCAUCACCUUCUCCGCCGGCUUCACACAGAUACUGGCUCCACAGGCAGUUGGCUCUGGGAUCCCAGAGAUGAAGACCAUUCUCCGAGGUGUGGUGCUGAAAGAGUACCUCACUUUCAAAACCUUUGUCGCCAAAGUGAUUGGCUUAACUUGUGCCCUUGGAAGUGGCAUGCCUCUGGGCAAAGAGGGACCAUUUGUUCAUGUUGCCAGUCUGUGUGCUGCUCUGUUGAGCAAAUUCAUGGCCUUGUUUGGAGGAAUCUACAUGGAAGAGCCCUUUGAGGGAAACAAGAACGAGCUGAGAAACACAGAGAUGCUGUCAGCCGCCUGUGCAGUGGGGGUGGGCUGUUGCUUUGCAGCCCCUAUUGGAGGAGUGCUGUUUAGUAUUGAGGUCACAUCUACGUUCUUUGCUGUGAGGAACUACUGGAGAGGAUUCUUCGCUGCAACCUUCAGUGCCUUUAUCUUCAGGGUGCUGGCAGUGUGGAAUAAGGAUGAGGAGACAAUCACGGCUCUCUUUAAAACGCGCUUUCGUCUGGACUUUCCCUUUGACCUACAGGAGCUUCCAGCUUUUGCUGUGCUUGGGAUUACCAGUGGUUUUGGAGGGGCGUUGUAUGUCUACCUGAACAGGAUCAUAGUGGAGUCUAUGAGAAAACAGAAAACCAUCAACAAGUUUUUGCUAAAAAAAAGACUAGUGUAUCCAGCAGUGGUCACUCUUCUUAUCUCGACACUCACCUUUCCUCCAGGGUUUGGACAGUUUAUGGCAGGCCAGCUGACUCAACAUGAGUCACUAGUGGCACUGUUUGACAACCAAACCUGGUACAAGCAAGGUGUUGCUGAGGAGUUUGUGUACUCAAGUCACGUACCUCAGGCCUGGAAGCACCCACAAGUCAGUGUGUUCAUCACACUUCUCCUCUUCAUUGUCAUGAAGUUCUGGAUGUCAGCUGUGGCCACAACAAUGCCGGUGCCUUGUGGGGCCUUCAUGCCGGUUUUCCUCAUUGGAGCUGCGUUCGGGAGACUGGUCGGCGAGAGCAUGGCCGCCGUCUUCCCCGAUGGGAUACAUACCGACAGCACUGUUUAUCCCAUAGUUCCCGGCGGAUACGCAGUUGUAGGGGCGGCGGCUCUUUCUGGUGCAGUCACUCACACCGUGUCCACUGCCGUCAUUGUGUUCGAGCUGACCGGUCAAAUCUCGCACAUCCUGCCCGUGAUGAUCGCUGUGAUAUUGGCCAAUGCCGUGGCUCAGAGUCUGCAGCCUUCCCUGUAUGAUUCCAUCAUCCGGAUCCAGAAACUUCCCUACCUGCCAGAGCUGGGCUGGGGACAGGAGAAAUAUAACAUCCGUGUGGAGGACAUAAUGGUGAGAGACGUGCGAUAUAUUACUCUCUCCUCCUCUUACCGGGAUCUGCAGGAAGCUCUCAUAACAGGCCAGCUUAAAACCCUGGCCUUGGUGGAGUCCAAAGAGUCCAUGAUCCUGCUGGGCUCUAUGGAGCGCUCCCAGCUGCAGUCCCUUCUCUCGCAGCAGCUCAGCCGAGCUCAGGACAAUGGCACCCAUGUGCCCACCUUCCCCCAAGACUCUCCCCCCAGGACUGGUCGUGGCGUACGUUUCCUGAUCUCCACUGAAGAGUCCUCCUACAGCCCCACACUGACUAACUCCCAGAUCCCCCUCAAGUCUGCUCUGAAGACGGUGUCUGCAAUCAGCAACACAGAGUCACUGAACAGCUCUCCAAACCUCUCCUCUGGGGAACCUGUGAAGGAGCUAGUAGAGGAUACACCUGAUGUUGAAGAUGACAUGUCAACAGCAGAGAUAGCAGAGUGGGAGGAGCAACAGUUGGAAGAGGCUGUUAAUUUUAACAACUGUAAAAUAGACCCCGCCCCCUUUCAGCUGGUGGAACGGACAUCUUUGCAUAAGACACACACCAUUUUCUCACUACUUGGCCUGGAUCAUGCCUAUGUCACCAGCACCGGACGUCUAGUAGGAGUGGUCUCUCUAAAAGAGCUGCGUAAGGCCAUCGAGGGCUCUGUAACCGUGACUGGUGUGAAAGUCCGUCCCCCACUGGCCAGCUUCCGCGACAGCGGCAACAGCAGCAGUGUCUCAGAGGUCACUGAGCUCCACAAGCUCUGGAGUCGUCACAGGAGCCUGCCGCUACCACGGGAACCUAACCUCCCCGACCUGGACGACCAAACAGAGCAGCCGUCCGAGGGAAGCCUGGUGAAUGAGACCGAGUGCACAGAGCUGUCCAGUCAGAACAGCCCAUUACACACAGACGACCAAUCAGAGCUGCGCUAUGCCGAUGCCACGCCCCAAGAGGAGCACCUUGCGCAGCUCCCCUGUGACUGUACCCACCCUCUGAAGGAUGGAGGCUCGGAGGCUGUCGGUGAGCAGAACCCAGCUCCGGUGGAGAAAGUGGUAAGCGAGGGAAGCCCCUUGCCCUCGAAGGGUCAGCCGGAAUGACAGCUGCUUGCGUUAGGUAACGCACACUCCAUUUACACCAUAAACGGGAUUGUGAAGUCAGGUUAAGGAAAACCUGGAGGAAGUCUUUUAGCAGUGAAGCACACUCUCUGCUCAGUACUAAUCAAACCAACCCUAAUCUCUGGUCCUGCCUUCACACGAAACACGCCGUGUGUGUUUGUAUGUGUGGGAUGUCAUAGAUACACGCUGCAGUGUGAGUGCCGUGUGGCUUCGGAUGGGCUUGUGAGAGAUUGUCUGUGUAUUCCUCAUAAAUUUAGCUGUCUGUUGCUUUGUGGCUUCAUAGCAUGUUUCGGUGUUGAUUUAUGUUGAUGAGAUUCAUUUAAAGAAGUUUAUGUGCGAUGAUGUCAUAAGUGUGUCUGUUUGUUGAUUUGUUGCACGCUUGUGUGUGUGUGUUUCUUCGUCUUUGCGCAAGCGACAGAGUGUGCGUUAGAAAAGCCGAGUGUGUGUGAGAGUGACUCAGCUGCACCUAGCCAACGCACCCAUCUGGUGCCGACACUUUAAAUCCAAAUAAAAUUGUCUCUGAGAGCCAAACUACAAUUUUGCUCUAAAUAUAGCUCUUAAUAACCCACACUGCAAGGAAACACGGAGGGAGAGAGCGGGGGAAAGAAAGGGAACGGGUGGGUAAAAGAGGACACAGAAGACACAGAGAGAACAAGAACAUGAUGCAAAAUGAGCGAAAGACAGGAAGGACACAGGAACCAGUGUCGUGGAAAGGCAGGAGAAUAAAUGGGAGAGUGGAGUAAACUGUGCCGCUUUUUAUUUAGAUCAGGGAGAGGCAACGUCGGUGCUGGAGUGCCGAUGUCCUGCAGAGUUUAGCUCCAACCCUGAAAAAAACCUCACAUGUCUGUAGCCUUAGCAAUCCUGAAGACCUUGAUUAGCUUGUUCAGGUGUGUUAGAUUAGGGUUAGAGCUAAACUCUGCAGGACAUCGGCACUCCAGGACCGACGUUGCCUAUGCCUGAUUUAGAUUGUCAACCAGGCAAGAAGAAAUAAAUCAUCAGGGAAAUGAAUAUGCCUGAAAUAUGACUUUUUAGGAAAAAUGGCUGAAUGACACAACUUACCCCACAUUAGGGGUAAGAUGUGCCAUGGAUGUUGAGUCAUUGGGGAAUAUUUGAACUAUUUCAGGUAAAAUAUGAAAAAUUAAUGAACAUUAAUCUUGUAUUUUUAUGCUCAAUAUUCACAUCUUAACCAACUUGAAAAACCCAGUGUAUUUGCAUGUACUGUACUGUAGUGCAACAAUUUUCAGCAUUUUAUGAUGUAUUUAUUAUUUUUUCUGCAUUUGAAUUUGCAUUUGACACUUUACCCAAAAGUUAAAAUUUAGGGAAAAACGAAAUAUUAAUUUCUAAUUCACUGAUAAAUGUGUUUAUUUAUUCAUGAUGUGAUUUAACAGUUCAUAGCCUCUUGUGUUUUCUACACUGGCAAUUCACCAAAAUGUAUGAUAAAUAUUUUUAGACAUGGAUAAAUUUGUUUUGACAGCAAACUCAUUUUACCUGCCAUGCAGAAAAUUUACUUUGACAUGCAUUUUUUGCACACACAAAAAAAUUGACAAUGUGAAUCACAGGCAGCUGAAUACAACAGACCUUUUUUAAAAUGUGGUCAUUUGACAAAUUCAUCCAGUUUGCUAGAUUACAGGUAUGGCAUAUCUUACCCCACUCUCCCCUACAAAACCAACAGCGACUCUUGCAGAGGAGUUUCCAACCAGGGUAGUUUUGAAGCACAUUGUAAUUACCAUUCAAACAAAACAGCAAUACACAGGCGUUUUCCAUACUGACAGCUUCAGAAAAAUAAAAAAAAACUCCUUUAACAAAGCAUCUUUGAGCACACGGUUUGGAUGGUGUUGCCUGUAAUUACGAGUAAUGAUAUCCCACAAUAUGUAGGCACGUUAAGCAUGCACAGAUCUGUAUCAGGACCAGUUUGUAGCAUAGCUGCCUGGCCAUUUAAAAUGUAUUAAAGCAUCUUCCCUAAAAGCUCGAAAUACUCAAGAGGGACUCCAAGUGGAGAAACGGAGCCUCUUUAAUUCUUAAUUAUAUGCAUGAACCCCAAUGCAAUCAUUUGCAUGCUCACACACGUGCAUAAACAAGACAAAUCAUAUUGCUAUCCAGCAAGCUUAAAUAGACUGCAUAGGCUUGUUUCAUGUUACUUCAUCAGGUUUACUUACAUGGCCUUUUGCUUUUUUCUUCAAGGCCAGAUUUGUUCAGAAAUUCAGAGCGCAAUACUUUUCGCACAUGCUCACGAUACGAUACAGAUUUCGACGGCAGUGUAGAUUGAGGGACGUUUUUGACUGUGUUAGUACCAGCCUUUGUAUAAAUAUCAUUGCAGGGAGUUUGUGGUCACAAUGCAGAUCUCAUCCAGCAAUCAUCAAAGUAUUAACGAUGGAUAUUCUGUGUACCUGCGAUCGCGUCUUAUCUGAAUUGUUUUGCAUAUGCGCAAAGCUUUUUACAUUUGAUUUUGAGCUGCCAACUGUGCAAUAAUGUCGUAUUAGAAUUACUGCUUGCCAUAUAGGGUUAUUUUACUGAACGCUGGCUCUACUUCUACAGUGCUUAUUAUUUUGAACCUGUUUGCAAUCAUGCACAUCAUGAAUAGGACAUGUAUUGAAACAAGGCCUUCAGAACUUGCAAAGUGUUUACUGGACCUCGGUGGUGGAGUUUUCACUGGUAUCAGCCUGAGAAUGAUGUAUAAUGGUCUGUUUGCAUCAAAACUGUGGCUGAACGACGCUAUGCAGUAUGGUCAAGAACAGCACAACUACCCCAGACACAGCCUAAGCAGAGCUAAACGGAGAAUGAGUUGCGUUUCUUUUUCUUGUGCACUGCAGAAAUGGGAGGCCACGGGUUUGAUUUAAACGGAUCAAGGCAAGUGGACCAAAACCAUAACCAUGACACUGACUUCCUGACACAGCCUUUUUUCAUUCUCUCAGAAACGGCUGCUAUGGGUUCUGCGAGCCACACGAGCGAAAUGUUUCCUCGCCAUUCAUCCAGCUGCACUAAUCAGCUGUUUUAUUAAUGUUUGUUAUGAAACCGAAUCCUGACGUGGGACAGGAGUAACUUAAGCUAAUAACGAUCUUUAGAUAUGUUGUGUCACGUUUUGUCUCUGUUUGCUGCUUGUGCAGUUUAAGUCAAGCCCACGGUGUGUAAAGUGUCUGCUAAUAUGCCACACAUUCAGUGUAGAUUUAAGCAAUAAGUCUGCUCCCAUAUCCGUAAAUGGUUUUUAUAAAUCAUUUGCUUGUACAGAAUACAGGGUAAAGCGGUAUGUAUAUAAACUCUACUCACGUACCCUGUACAUAUAGAGAUGAGCAUAUUGAAUCAGCUGUUACCAUUAUUUUUCAGAAAACAUGAAAUUGUUUUGUACAUCAGUAAAUAUUAAAUUUCAACUUUAAAGCUU